GAGGAGCCCGAAGCAUUUUGCGAAGCGACUCCUUGCGGGCCGCACAUCCUCGCGUCGCGUCCGCUAAUCCUUCGUAGUAUUAGUGAAUGAAUAAAAUGGCAAUGGGAACUAAACUGCUAAUUCUCUGGAUGGGGCUCUUGGCCUUGACAUGCGGCAGUGACUCUGAGAACAGUAAUGGAUUUUCACCGAAAGAUGGCGCCUUUUACACCGACGAUGCGGUUAUAAUUAAUGCUGCCGUGAGUCGCGCGAGGAGGGACACAACAAAUAACACUAGAGAUGGGAAACAACUUCUGUAUUUUCAGACUAGAUCGCAAACUGAUGGAGCUUUUGGCAUGGACUGUGAAACAACCCUGGGUAAAAAGGGGACCUGCAAGAGUUUCCGAGAAUGCUACCCAUUGAUAAAGGUGGUAGACGUGUCAGGUGUUGACGGAUGGGUGAUGGGACAUUACGACACAUGCAGCUAUAUUAGCGCCGACAAUAUGGAGGUCUUUGGCGUAUGCUGUACCGAGCCCGUAGGAACUCCACCUCAACAGGAGCCUGACGUUCAGCGACUGGGAAUCUUACCCGCAGCCGCACCUAUGCAACUACCCCCAAUGCAGUUAGCUGGUUUUCAGAGAGGCGUUCUGUCAGCUCUAUCCGCGCAGUGGCCGUUUGGAACAAACUUCAACUUCCGGCAGAUCCCGGCCAACUGGCCGCCAACCAUCCCGCCACUGCCCACCCAUCCGCCUGACCACACUGCCCCGACACACCCACCCUCUCUUGUUGCAGGUGUUGUUACCACUCGACCACCUAGUGCUACCACUUCACAGACAACAUGGGCAACAAGGCCUCAGAUGACCACCAAGCCCACCACUAAACAGACUUGGCCACCUAUGUACCCAACACAACCAAGCAAGCCCACACAACCCCAACCAGUUGUUGACUUUUCAUGCGGAAACAAAAACGCCAAGAUCAAAGAAGACGAGCGUAUCGUUGGUGGCCAUAAUGCCGAGCUGAACGAGUGGCCGUGGAUAGUGGCUCUGUUCAACGGCGGUCGCCAGUUCUGUGGGGGUUCUCUCAUGGACGACAGACAUGUCCUAUCGGCUGCUCACUGCGUGGCGCAUAUGACAUCUUGGGAUGUAGCUCGUCUGACUGCGAGACUUGGAGACCACAAUAUUCAUUCGAACGCUGAGACUCAGCACAUCGAAAGGAAAAUCAAACGCGUCGUACGACACCGAGGUUUUGACAUGCGGACCCUGUAUAACGACAUCGCCAUCCUGACUUUGGAUCAGCCAGUAAAGUUCACAAAGGCUGUGCGCCCUGUUUGUCUGCCCAGCGGAGGAAGAGCUUACGCCGGUCUAAUGGCCACUGUAAUCGGCUGGGGCAGCUUGCGAGAGAGUGGUCCUCAACCAGCGACUCUGCAAGAGGUGACGAUUCCGAUCUGGUCGAACGCAGAGUGCCGGCUCAAGUAUGGCGCGGCUGCUCCCGGCGGCAUUGUUGAACACAUGCUGUGCGCUGGAAAAGCUAACAUGGACUCUUGCAGCGGUGACAGCGGUGGUCCCUUGAUGGUGAACGAAGGAGGCCGAUGGACGCAAGUGGGCGUUGUGUCUUGGGGCAUUGGCUGCGGCAAAGGGCAAUACCCAGGGGUGUACACGCGCGUCACUGCUUUCCUGCCUUGGAUUCAAAAGAACUCGAAAUAAACUACCUUAUAAGCCUGAAAGAACCCGCAUGAGAUGUUUGAGAAAAGUCUUACAAUCGAUUUGGUUGAAAGAGUAGAUCUCUAAUAUGCCGAGAAAUACACAUUUCGAAUCUAGCAUGGUAAACUGUUUAAAAAAAUCCAAAUUGAUCUAACUGCUUAUUCCAUAUAAAUAUUUUGUGCGGGAACUUUUUUAAUAUUCCUAAAAUCAUUCAAAAUUGAACACGAUGAUUCAUCAAUUAUCUUGAGAAAGACAACCUUGAGAACUUUCCUUUCUUAAUAAAUUGGUGAUUGUAAUGAACAGUAUUUGCGGAAACGGUAUGGGGACUGAAUUGUACUUAGUUUGUGAAAAUCGUGCCAAUUAGUUUAAGAUUAUAAAUAAAAAUAUUCGAUUUAAAA